AUGCACGGGAACGGGUGAGCGCUUUCCUGACGAAUGAUCUGAGUUCAAGUUGUUUCUAUCCAAUACCACCACGCUCAUAGAGUUCUAACGGCCUUUUUAAUAGAGAAAAGCUUGCCCAUAAACUACCCACAACCACUUUAUUUUUGCUUCGAAGCUCUCUGCCUGUUUUCAGUUUAUUUAAAAAAAAAAUAAACUGAAGGAUCAAAUUUCAGGUUCUUCUAAACGAUUGUGCUACCUUUCUUUUUUUCAAAAAAUCUCACCUAUCUCAUAAAAAGGCUCAUAAGGAUGAGAAAUCUCUCAUUAAGAAAAACCAAUUUCUUUUCUCGUCAUCAGAAAAACGAAAUUCUUCUCUCGUCAUCAAGUAAAUCGGUUUCAGAACGGCGAAAAUGCCGUUCGGAGGGGAGCCGCCGGAUUACAUGCACUUGCGGAGCAACGAAAGCCAAAUGCAGCUGAUCACCAUGAAUGACACUGGAGAAAACACUCCGAGGUAAGCAUCGACUCGUCGCGAAAAGGCAUUAGGUCCUCGGUAGCCAUUUUCCAGAAGUGGCUUUCUGUCUUGUUCUUGGGCCAUAUGCAGUAAAAGUAAAAAAUAAUAUUCCUGAAAUUAGUAUAUUUUUCUUAAUUUCUCAUCGUACUUCAUAGAAUUGCUCUGUAGAAGAGGAUACACUUGGAAAACUUUUUAGAUCAACAAACGCGAAAAAUGUUUAAAGGAUAGCGAGUUUCAGGCUUUCCUUAACCUUUCAAGAAAAAUUGCGGAAAGUGAUUUUCUACUUUACUACGCACGGCUUCUGAAGUGAAUAUGUACGAAAAUAAAAAUUCUUCCUCCAUUUAUCUGACGACCAAUUCUUUCAAGAUUGCUCAAAAAGUGUGUUCGCUAUGAACUAAAUCAGAAUUGCCGACGGAAAAUCGUUAAACUAAUGAGAAAAAAAAAGCUUAAAAAUUACUUUGCCAGUGGUUCGCCAUGUUUCAACACUCCUACGAGAGACGAGCCGCCAGCCGUGAUUUUCAUUCCCGGAAAGGCAAGUCAUCUAUCGUCCUGUGCAGUGAGCUUUUUUUUUCUUUUUAUCAUGAUAAAAAGUUUUGAUUUACAUCAAAUUUCAAUGUUUAUUGCUAGCAAAAAAAAUUUCAAACUCAAUCAUCAACUAAACUUGAGGCCUGAAGGCGUACUAGUUGGAGAAAUGGAGUGAGCGAUAAAAGUGCUAUUAUAUAGAGCUUUUCAUUUAUUGCUUAAAUUACUUCAAGCUGCACAGAACUUGGUAUUUUCAGAAAAUCGUGAAUAAAAAAUAGGUUUAACUUUUCUGUUGUUUGCGUAAAUUUUAUCAUCUUCACAUAUGGCUAUCAUUAUGAUAGGAUAGUAAACAAAAAUGAUUAUUUUGCGCUUUAUGAAGAAAAAAGAAGCUUUUUAAGGUACCCUGAAAAUAUUUUUGCAGAAAAAUUAUCAUUGAAUUGAUGAAUAUUCACGAUGAUUUAACGCGAAUGGCAAGUCUUGUGAUACGCUCGCAAUUUUUUUUGAAAUACGAAAGAAAGCUCUUCAAUACGGUACUUUUAUGUCAAACCCCACUUUCUAAUGGCGACUAUUGUUUUUCUUUCUGAAUAAUAUCGAACUGCAGGGUACCGCGAAAUGGUGGAAAAGCCGGACACACCUCGAAAAGGCGAGAACUUUUUAUUUGUUCGUCGUUGAACAUAAAUUACAGCUUCUAAUCCCAGUUUGUCUUCUCCUCCUCCUACUGGCCGUCGUACUUUUGGCUGUUGUGUUGAACUUCGAUCGAAGACGCGAAGCUGUGAAAACAACUGCGAUGCCGACAACCUCCGCUUCACCAACUGAACUGACGACAACCAUUGAGAGGUCGACUACGACUACAAGUACUGUUUCCCCGGAGUUCAACAUCUGCAACACGGCAGGAUGCGUUCACGCUGCAAACCACUUGGUAAGAAGUCAAAAAUAGGUUUAGUAGUUAAGAAAAUCUCAGUUGAACUCAAUGAAUACUUCAAUGGAUCCUUGCCAAGACUUUUUCGAAUUCGCCUGUGGUGCCUGGAACGAGGCUCAUCCGAUUCCCGACGAUAUGUUCGCCUAUGGAACUUUCUCUUAUGUACGCGAGCAAGUUCGACAACAGCUCCGAGGUGUUUUCAAGAUCUUGCGAACUCAAUGAAAAAUAUUUCAGUACUACUUGAACAAGAAGUUACUUCUCAAUCGCAUUCUAUAAAUAUGGCUCGUACAGCUUACAAAACCUGUAUGAACAAGACGCAGUUAGACGAGCUAAAAUCUAGGUUUGAUAGCGCAGUCAUUAAAAUGUAAUGAUCAAUUAUCUUUUCACAGUACAUCAAAAACGCCAAAAACACACUUGUUACAAUUACUUUUUUAGUUAAGAAAUUUAAGAAUUGAUCGCAUUUUCAUUCAUUUUCUUAAAACCGGAUGUUCCUAAUACCGUGACGUGACUUCAGGUUGUUAUUCGAUACACUGGAGGAGUUGGGUCGCUGGCCACUUCUACAAAAAAACUGGGAUCAGAGCAAGUUCGAUUUAACAGGUGGUUCUGACCUGCUUCCAUUGAAACUUUAUGCAUUUUAGACCUUCUUAUGAAUAUUCGACACGAUUACGGUGUGGAUAUAUUCUUUCAGAUAUACGUCUAUGCAGAUGCUAAAAACACUUCAAGAAACACCUUAUUUGUGAGGCCAUGCCAACUUUUUGUUUUUGAAAGAAAAGCCACAGGUGGACCAAGGUAUUCUGACGUUGGGCCGAGGUUCUAGAGAUUAUUAUCUCAACGCGACCAUGUUCAACAGUCACAUGACUGCUUACCGUAAAUUCAUUCAAAAAGUUGCUGUUACUCUGAAAACGGACGCCAAUCUCACUCGAAGCGACGAAGAAAUUUACAACGACAUAAAUGAAGUGAUCGAGUUUGAGAAAAAGUUUGCCAAGGUGUGUCAGAUCUUUUUGAAAUUUUUAUGAAUUGCUACAGAUUAUCGUAGCCGAAGACGAGAGACGUAACAACACACGGCUCUACAAUAGAAGAAACAUCGCGGAUCUCUACAGUCUGCUACCAAAGGUACAGUAUUGACUUCCCACUCAAUUACAUUCCGGUGUCAAGGUCGACUGGGUCAGCUUUAUGCGACGGUCCGCACCACCAGAGAUGACUCAUCUGUUCGAUAAUUCUACAGAAAUCAUUAUUUGUGAGAUUGAUUUUUUUGAAAAAGGUUUUAAUUUUUUUGAAAAAUGAAGAUGCUUCCCUUGAGGUAUCUCAACUAGUUGACGAAACUGACGUGAAACUCUUGACAAACUAUGUCAUUUGGAGAGUAGUGCAAUCAAAUAUCCGAUACCUUGAUGAACGAUUCGACGACAUCAAACAGGUAGGCUACCAUAUCUACAAACUUCUGUUUUGAAAAGCUUUCACUUUUUCUUUAAAAAAUUUUUUGAAAUUUUAAAGAAAACAAUUGAGAAAUGAAAAAAAAAUGUUAUGAUCCGAGAGAAGCAUUUCGUAAAGUGUGUCUCUAACUCGAACUUCAGGACUUCAUAAAGGUCAUGACUGGACAGCAACAAACGCCGCCGCGCUGGAAAGACUGUGCACAGGUAAGAAACUUUGAAAAUUUACAGAAAAAAAAGUUCACAGGUUCCAAGUACCGUGCUCCCACUAGCCGCUGGCGCAAUUUACGUUCAAGCUCACUUCAAUGAAAGAGACAAAACAGAAGCCCUUGAGAUGAUUUUCCACCUGCGGAACUCCUUCUCGGAGCUUGUGUCAAACAGCGACUGGAUGGACGAAGCAACCAAGAAUAUUGCUAUCAUUAAGGUUUGUUUUGAAGUCUUGUCUAGAAAAGAACCGAUUUUAGGCUCACUCCAUGAUCAACAACAUCGGCUACCCAAAUGUGACAAGCGAUCUGAGAGAGCUCGAUGAGUUGUACAGAGAAGUACAAACAGCGACUAGGUUUAGAGCUUCAUUUCGAAAUUUGAGCUCGAGAUCUUGGACAUGGACACAUACUAUUCAUUAAUGAAGAAAGCUGUUUGGUGGAUGCAAAAUAGAGAGUUCCGAAAGUUGACCAAGCCGUUCGAUAAGCACGAAUUCGACGUCUCGCCAGCCGUCGUCAACGCUUUCUAUUCGCCCGAAAAGAACGCCAUCAGUAUAGGAUACAUGCGGAGCACUAUUCAAUACACACUUUCAGCUUUCCCAGCCGGUAUUCUUCAGCCACCUUUUUUCAGCGGGUCUUUCCCGAAAGCUGUUAACUACGGCGCGAUCGGAGCUGUCAUAGGUCAUGAAAUAACUCAUGGAUUCGAUGACCAGGGUGAACGCAAGACUCAAGAACGUCUUUUAACAACUGAGAUUGAUUAGGUAGUCAAUACGACAAAGACGGAAAUCUUCACAACUGGUGGAGCGAAAGCUCGAUGCAAGCUUUUGAGCACAGGAAAAGAUGCAUCGUCGAGCAGUACGGCAACUAUACAGUGCCCAAAACAACUUAUCGGGUUAGAAGAAAUCUCUCAGAGAAUUCUCAAAUUUGUCUUGUUUCAUAGGUAAACGGCAAGCUGACGCAAGGAGAGAACAUUGCCGACAACGGAGGUGUUAAAGAAGCAUACAGAGUUGGUUGAAUAUUUGUAAGAGGUUCUAAAAAGAGAAUUCAGGCAUAUCAACGUUACGUGAAAGAAAAUGGAGAAGAGCCACGACUACCAGGGCUACAGCAAUAUUCCAAUCAGCAAAUUUUCUUUCUCAGCUACGCUCACGUGAGUAGGAGCCUAUAUUGGGAAACCUUAACUUGCAUAUUAGUAUGUGCACGUUUUUUUCUACCAAAAAACUCUUAUUGAUCUUUUGCUCAUUCAACUAAAACAUUGUAAUACAUGAGAGCUUAGUUUCAGAACGUAAAUAACCAGAAAAUGAUACAAUAAAUAUCUUAGAAUCAGUUUUCAGUUUUGGUGCGGUCAGAAGAAGGAAGCAGCUGCCAUGCAGCAGGUGCUGACUGACGAGCACUCUCCAGAAGUUUUCCGAGUGAUGGGCGUUCUCUCGAACAUGCACGAGUUCGCUGAGGUCUACAACUGUCCCAGAGGCUCUCCAAUCAACACAGAUAACAAAUGCAUCGUUUGGUGA